AUGUCGAUAUCCAUGACGUUGUCCGUGACCUCAGGAUUCAAAGAAAGUCGUAAAAAGAAAGUCAGCAAUCUGGAGUCCGAAAAGCAAAAACGUUUCGGGGCUUCCAUGGCUAUCCAUGUAUUACCUUACUCGCCUGUGACGAUGUAUCGAACGUAUUAUUUCAAACUUAUGCAAACUUCUUACGUUUUCUUUAUGCGUAAAGACAAAGCUCUCGCCCAACCUUCAAAUCCACCUUUGGUGAUUCGGCGAUCCUCGACGCUUCCUGCAGGCUUCCACGUGACACCCAAGUUGCAUCUCAUCUGCCCCGAGAGUUGCAUCCUGAUCGUGAUCGGCGUGGUCAUUGGCUUGCUGCUCUUCUACACGGGGCUGACCUCGGUGGGGCCACUGACGCCGGACGUGUUCUUCCUGUUCAUGCUGCCGCCCAUUGUGCUGGACGCCGGCUACUACAUGCCCAACCGGUCCUUCUUCGACAACCUGGGCUCCAUCCUGACGUACGCUGUGCUGGGCACCGUCUGGAACACGCUCACCAUCGGCCUCUGUCUGUGGGGCGUGGGCCUGAGCGGGCUGUACGGUACCGACGUGCCCCUGCUGGACGCGCUCCUCUUCAGCUCCAUCAUCUCGGCCGUGGACCCCGUGGCCGUGCUGGCCGUCUUCGAGGAGAUCCACGUCAACGACGUGCUCUACAUCCUCGUCUUUGGCGAGAGCUUACUCAACGACGCCGUCACUGUGGUGCUCUACCGGAUGUUCGAGGCCUACACCAACAUGGGCCAGGAGAACAUCAUUCCGGCGGAUUAUGUGUCCGGCGUGGCCUCGUUCUUCGUGGUGGCCCUGGGCGGCACGGGCGUGGGCAUCCUGUGGGGCCUGGUGGCGGCCUUCGUCUCGCGCUUCACGCACCACGUGCGAGCCAUCGAGCCGCUCUUCGUCUUCAUCCUGGGCUACCUGUCUUACCUCAGCGCCGAACUCUUCCACCUGUCUGGAAUUCUGGCGCUGACUUUCUGCGGCCUCACAAUGAAGAACUAUGUCGAGGAAAACAUCUCGCAGAAGUCACACACAACCCUCAAGUAUGGAAUGAAAAUGCUUGCCAACUGUUCCGAAACAAUUAUCUUUAUGUUCCUUGGUGUUUCCACGGUGAACGACAUCCACGAGUGGAACACUUGGUUUGUCAUCCUCACCAUCGUGUUCAUCACGGUCUUCAGGUCUGUUGGGGUGGUACUCCUGACAUGGCCCAUCAACCGCUUCCGCGUGCACACCCUCAAUAAGGUGGAUCAAUUCAUCAUGGCCUACGGAGGAUUAAGGGGUGCAGUGGCCUUUGCUUUGGUUCUGGUUGUCAAUGAAGAUGUUAUUCCCACCAAGAAGAUGCUUGUGACAACCACCAUUGCAGUGAUAUACUUCACAGUUUUUGUCCAGGGGAUGACAAUAGGACCCCUCGUACGUCUGCUGAAUGUACCACAAAGUGUCAAGGGACAGAUGUCUAUGAACGAAAGACUCCACACAAGGCUCAUGGAUCAUCUGAUGGCUGGUCUGGAAGAUGUUACGGGCCAGUUCAUGGGUAACUACAAGAUCCGUGACAAGUUCAAAUACUACAACAACCGGUUCCUGCGGCCCAUGCUGCUCAAAGACCACAGUAUCCGGGAGCCCAAGAUAAUUGAGACUUACUCCAAGUUGAAUCUGGCGGAUGCCAUGAGCCUGAUGAAGAACAACAACAGCCUGGUGCCAGUCAUGACCAAUGAGAAUGGGUUGUCGCUGGCAUCGCUGUUCCGCACCUACACCCAGACCAACCUGAGCAAGAGCAACACGGCCGCCGAGCCAACUUUGGGCGAACUGGACCUCCCCCUGGACCGGACAGCUACCGUGCUCAACUUUGACAUGAACGAGCUCCAGUAUUCACCCAGCAACAAGGACUAUGCUGAUGCUCAGCUACACCACAUUCUUUCGGACUCCAUGUUCAAGCCCUCGCGCAGGGUAAAGAGGCUAAGCAGAGACCGGAUAGACGGAGCUGAGGACCAGCCUGCUUUCCAUCAUCACAUGCGGAUGCAGAUCCGCACAUUCCUUGGCGAAGAGCGGAGGCGCAUGCGGAAGGCACGCUCAAGCCGCUCGCCUCAUCAGCAGCAGCAUCAUCACUCUGGGCACGGCGAGGAUCCCCCGGUGCCCUGCAGGCACCAGCAGGAGGCCAGCCGCAAGGUCCCCAAUGGCGACAAGCCACAGCUGCGGUUCAGCCUGCCCAUGAAUGGCGACUGCCCAGUAAACAUCGACAGCCAGCCAUCAAAGACACCGGGCUUAGGCUCUCACCAUGACCCGGGCACGCAUUUGACCCAGCAGGGGGAUGCUGAUGAAGGCAUUGUAUUCGUGGCUCGUCCUGCCGGCUCCAGCCCACCCAGUGGAUCGCCACGAGCAUACUCGCCGCCUCCACCGCAGCUGGAGUCUUUGACAGAGACAGAGACCACCCUUCCUUGGAAACGGGACGAUGUGCCAGACGCUGCGGGCGUGCGUGCCCGCUGCGGCAGCGGCGAUGGUGGCGUGCGCCAAAGGGAGUUCCCGUCGUGGAUCGACAACCGCGACUACAUUUCCUACCAGUCGCCGACAUCCACCAUCUUGGGUCGGCUAGACCGGCACAAGCGUGCCACGCCAGACAUCUUCGAGCUGUUUCAGCUGAAGCCAGGCACCAACCCGAUUGCCACAAUGGAGGAAGUCCGUGAAGAGGACCACAGGGACGGCGACUCUCUGAGUCCGGAGAGUCCGCUGGCCCAGCUCCCGGCGGGGCCCCAAGACGACUCCCACGAAGGGGGGCCUUCGUCUACGACAUCCACAGAGCCGCUGCCCCCCGCAUCCACUUGGGAGGAAACUGUGAUCGAUGUAGACAGCGAUGACUCGGACAGUAGCUCGAGGCAGGUCAGGCUGUGAUUUGGCAACGAGACAGUCUCGGGUGUGCCAGUCACUGUUCAGAGAUGGGACUAGAAUUGCUCUCUGCAGUAAUGCCCUCAUUCAAAGCUCCGGUUUGUGGCAGGGAAGGCUGCAGUUCACAGAGGGAGCAACAUAGCUCGCAAGAAGCUGGUGUCAGCCUGCUGAGGUGCGAGUUCCUUCGGACUUUAUCCAUGCAUAACGGUUUCUUUGAGACUUUUUGGGAGAACAGAGAAAAGGUCAAUGCCUGUGAUCUUCAGGGUCAUGAAUUAGGACUCGAAACCAGCAAGAGCAUUACAUAUGCUCGUCUGCUUCUUUGUUAUUAACUAGCAAUGUGCUCCGGUUCAUCCCUUCCUAAGAGGAAUUACUGUUCUCUGGUGCUUUUUAGAACAGUGCCUUGGAACAUUCUUUGGUGCCGGCCCAUUGAAGAUGAGAACAAUGGGUUUGUCAAGGGUGCCUCUUUGUUCCAACCACAAAGUGAUGUGAUGUGCAUUUCAUGGUUCUUCUAUUCCCACCGUGUAAAUACGAAAACAUUUCUGACACCACAAGUCGGGCAAUGUGUGGACAGAGUUCUCAUGGUUUCUUGUUUUAAGUGACUUUAUAACCGAGACAAAGGAAGGAAAGGUUCAUCAAGUCAUGUCCAAGGUCAAAGAAACCCUGCAUCAUGAAGCUUUUCAUUUACACAUGUCUUUGUUGAAAUUCUCUACCGAGAAGAAAAAACAAAGGCAAAACCUCACUACUUGGGUAAGCUAGGGCGCACCACUGCGGCAGAGGUGAACCAGGAAUGCCAGGCACAGAGUUCGGUCUAAGUCUUUGGCCGUUGAAAUCAACUCUGUGAAUGUAAUUGGGUGCAUAUGCCACGCAAGUAAGUUUUUCUUUUGGUGCUGCGCAGCAAAAUGGCACUGCAAGGUGUGGGAAACGGCUUAUAAUUGGGCUCGACUUCUUUGUGCUGCAUAAGUGUAAUUCUGCAAUUAUUUAUCUGCCUUAUGGCAAAAAUUACAAAAUACCCCACAAGCUAAUAAAACAAGAACCAGUAGGACCAUUGAAGUCCAGAGUGCAAUCAAGGCAAGCUCAAUUUAUGUGUGCAAAGACCUCAUCUCCUUAUAAUUUAUUGAGGGUGCUAUUUAAAAUAUGGGUAGCUAUUAACAAUUUCAUUGACAUUGGUCACAUCCAAACAAAACAUUUGAUUUUCGCACAUUUCUAGUAUGCCAUUAGAGUUCAAUAAUGGAGCAUAUAUGGGCAGACAAAUGCCAAAUUUAAAAGCAGAUGACAGUCCACAAACAUUAUACUGUAUCAGUUGCAAUGCAUCUCAUUUUACCAUGCAAGUGUCUGGCAGCAUUUUGGAACUGCUUGCCUUAUGUAGAAAGUUUGUAGGUUAGUUCACUCCAUGGAGCAAUUAUAUCAGUAUGAAGUCAAAUACUGUGCAAGGUGAACAACAUUAGAGAAAAUGUAAGACUAUCUAUUGCCGCCCAAACUGCUUUUGACGGUGUAUGACAAAAAGCUAUUUUUAAGAGUUAAUGGUGUGGUCUGUGCAGUUGAAAGAUGGGAGACACUCAUGUAGAUAUCUCGCACAACAGACUGUAGCAUGUAUGCUAUAGAACAAAGCUGGGGGGGUAUAGUAAGGCCUUCCUGAGCAUUUUACUAGUAUUUGUUCUUGUUAGCUAAUAUAUUGGCACUCAAAUGAGUUGCUAACAUUCUUCGAUAGCACACCGUAUAGUAUACGUAACCAUCUAGUUUACGAUCAUAGCUAGAAAGGUGUGCAUUAGUGGACCUAGGUGGCAGCUUGCCAAAGGUUCCAAUGGCUUGCAUAAUUUCUCUUAAGGAUUAUUAGGUGUUGACUAAUCUUUGGUAAUUAAGAUUUCCAAAAUCUUUUCAUUGGCUGCUUCUCUAGUAUAGGAAUCCUUCAGUCACAUGUAGCACUGAAGCCGAUUUCAAAGAUUUUCUAAAACGGUUGUUUUUCAAUCACAUAGGCGACCCAAGAUUCUAUUAACUUUUUCCCCUUGAUUAUCUGGCAUGUUUCCUUCUAUACAACGGAACUUGCAAAAUAAACAAAUCAAAAACACUUAAAUUCCUUAUCUCCUGGUCGCCAGACAAAAAGAGAGGGGAUGUCAAGGUGGACAGUUGCCAGAUGCACGAUGAGCCAUAGUGGCCCUCGACCUAGAGGUCUAUCGUUAUUGUUACAUGCAAAAUGUAUGAAAAGGUUGUGCUCACACAAGUGCAUAGUUGUUGAUCAAACUGACGCUCUUCGUCAUCUUUCACGCCAUACACAACACAUGCAAGACAUCUAGUGAAUCAGACGGGCCAGAUUUGCUUCUCCCACUGAUCUCUACACAAUAGACCAUUUGCUCAAUCCCCCAAGCACCCCGGUCCACGCUCAAAGUAUCAUUGGAAGUGUGUUCCUUCAGUUCCCUAGUGGUCGAUAAUUUCGACCAAUUCGAUGCUGACACACUUUUGAAUGUAAUCCGAAGUCAUCCUGAAUAGGUGUCGUGUAGAUUGCAGAGACCUGUCAUAUCACUUUUAAAAUUUCUCGUCAAAAUCAGUGUUUUAAACACUGUGCAUGUGAUCCACCCUUCAACCUGGCUGAGCUGCAGAAAUAUCUUGAAUAUUAUCAUUCUCGCGAUUGUUUAAAGAGCCAAGAAUUCACAACAACCAAAACCAGGAUUUAGUUCGGAGUCAGCGGGGCUGUUUAUAGCAUUUUUAGUGUUUGUCAGGUAAUAUCAGCGUUUUUGAGGCUGUACGAGAAUGAUAAUAUUGUAAGAGAUUUCUGCAGCUCAGCCAGGUUGGGGGGUUGAUUGCAUGCACAGUAUCAAAAACGCCGACAUUGACUAAAAAUUUUAAAAGUGAUAAGACAGGUUUUUGCUAUCUACACAACGCUUAUUCAGGAUGACUUCGGAUUACACUCAAAAAAGAGUAAGCAUUGAAUUGGUCGAAAUUGCCGCUCACUAGGGAACUGAAAGAACACCAUUCCCAUGAUUCCUCAAGUAUGGGCCGGGGCACUGGGAAUUUAGCAAAUGGUCUAUUACAUGCAUCGCCACAACCUUUCCACAGUACUGGUCUGAAAGAGGAGUACCGCUUAUCAGUGAAACACAAUACAAGGAGAGGAUGCCCACUCAUGAAGUGAAUGGGUAAUAUCCCCCGAGAUAUCCCAUCCCCUAAAGAUGACCCAACCCCAUUUUUGGAAUGAUUUGCAAUUUUUUCAAAAAUACAGAAAGAUAGCCCACAUUUAGUAAAUGCAGUGCCUGGGCCAACGGUGACAUUGGCAGAAAUGGGGUUAGUUAGCUACUGCAGAAGAUAAGCAACCAUUGCUGACUGGGAAGGAGUCUUCUUUGCUUCAUUGCCCCUUGCCGAGAUAACAAGCUCAGCAAGUCACAUGAUCUAGAAAUGGCACUUUUUCAACUUUUGUUGAUCGCACACUGAAUGUCAGCCCACUCCUUAUUUUCGCUCGAUUUACUCUCGAUUUUAGGUGGGCUCUCUCGGGACAUCACGGCACACAAAAUAAACAAAAAAAUGCUUUGCACCCUCUCGAUCAUAGUUCCUCCCAGAAGCAGUGAAAGCAAACGCAGUAUUAUUAUGCAACCUCACACUAACAGUGAAUACAGAUACAAUAUGCUUACACCGAUUUCUACCAGAAUAUACAGUUCUGGCCAAAAAAGCUUCAAUUGCUAUCUAGCUUAAAAAUACAGUAUUUGAACAGAUUAAGAAUGAGAAAUAAGAAAUCGAGAGCACAUCAACUCAUUCUUAAAUGAGAUCAGAACGAUGUCGCUACCGGUAAAUCCCUCUGUGCCAACGUGAAGCGUCAGUUUUAAUUAAAUGGUCAGAUUUACCUCCGAUACUUAUGCAUCAUGUUGUAAUUGUGAAGCAAAACUUUGAAAUCGACUUCAGCAUUUGUUUAAGAAAGAUGAAUUUCCCAUGUUGUUUCGAUUUCGAGAUUCUUGGGAGUGAAGUAUUUUCAGAGGAGACGGCACAUUUCUUCCUGUAAAUGUUCCCCAACAUUUUUUAAGGGGAAACCUUUUUUUUAUAAUUAUUUUGCAUACAAGAGUCGGAGAAAAUCUGUCAUUUUUGUAGAUCAGUUGUCCUUUUAUCUUUUCCUGGGUAAUUGUUUUCAUUCUGUGGUGCAAUUUCAUGUGGCAUCUUGAGCUGGAGCCAUGCUAGUCACAUGCUUUUUUUGUUUGGCAAAUCAUUGAAGUGCUUUAAUCUAGGCAGUGGCCACACAGCUUAACUCUCACCCAAUCCUGUGAAAUUUAAGCUAUCCUAUUUUGGCAUUGCCGUUCGCCAUGCCGGAGCAGGGCCCUGUAGCAGGCAGCGACAAGAAAGAAAAAAAGUAUAUUUAUUGAUGCUCCCAAACGAGUCCAUUCUCUGCUAUCAACUCCUUGUUCAGCAUGCUCCUGGGUCCAAUGUUUUUUUCUGGUAUGAAUUUCCAGUCAGGUCAUGGUUAUUGCCUUAAACUCUGGCGACGGCUCGAUGCUUAGUGUGGCCACGAGACUAGCGACAUUUCGAAUGGGACCAUGCCGAAGGAUGCAGCUUUGGGACUCCAGAGUGGCUUUUGCCUCGUUGCCUGAAUGAUAAUGUUUUAGGAUUUUGUUAUGGCUUUUCGUAAUUAGCUGUGCUUCUUGCCAGACAUUUUGCUUGUUCCAUCCAACCACUCACACACUGUGCCCUUCCAUCUAUGAGCUUGUUCUGGGUUUAGUAUGCUAGUGUCCGAGGAGACCGCCCUCUCAGACUCAAGUUCCUACUGCGUUUCUUGGGGAGCUCGUCGACAUGUGUGGCCUAUAUUGCAACAGGCCAAAGAGCAAAAAUUGUUGUCUCCCGGUGAGAUGUUGUUUUCUUUUAGCUUUUAUUCAACAUUCUUAACCCUGCAUGUUUAGUGUGUCUGUAGUUACUGUUUUGCUGUUGGUUGACUUUUUAGAGACGACUUUUGGGCUCAUGCCCUACCAAUUUUCUUUUUUUGUUGUUGGGCCGUUUUUUUUUUUAAGAGCCCAGCAGAAAGAAACCUCCCCACCAAUGCUUUGUAGAACAAAUGUGAAAUGGGUUGUGUUAAGUUUUUCUCAAUGAAAGUGCAUUUCAUAUUCUAUCAUUUGUACAUUAAAGUUGCUUUCAGUGGCAACUACUUAUUACUUGUACAUAGAAUUCUAGAGUUUAGGCUUUUUGUCCCCCCUUGUUGUAUUUAUUGCAACUCAUGCAAAGUUGGUCCAGACUCUGAAAGUGAACGGGAAGAAAUUGCAUUGAAAGCAAUCAGUUUUCCAGUGUUCAGGCAGUAGCCUUGUUAGAUAUGGGGGCAGCAGCUAUUUAUCAGGUAUUAAUUGUGUUAAAUAUAUGUGUGGGACUGACCAACUUGAAGCCUGGCAAUUGAAAUGACAGGAACAAAGGAAAACGUUUGAACUGUGAUUUAAUGUUAUAUUUUAGUAACCUUGAAGAGUGGCGAAGACUACUUUAGAGAAGAAGCAGUGACCUCUUGCAUCCUGAAGGACACAAGACAUUCCAAUUGCUUGAAUUUGGUGUCUGCUACAGAACGAAUUCAAAUAAAAUGAAUUGUUGUUAAGAAAA